AUAAGCCUUUACUCAAUUAAUUCUUUAUUUUUCCUUUCCCUUCCUUCUUCGUACCAUCUCUGCCAAAGUAAACCCUAGGCAGUUAGGGUUUCGGCCACAACCCUAGCAGCCCUCUGCCGGAAACCACCAUAUCAACUGGUGCUUUCAUUCCUGAACUCAUGACAACUCCACAACCCACGCCGGAGACGGCCAAACCCCCCCUCACGAUGGACGAUUUGAUGCAGGCUAUUACCAACCUCGGCAACGAACUACAAGCAACGAAGAUCCAUGUCGCACAACUCUCUGCCGGGGCUCGUCAGUUUGGUUUUGAUGCACGACGUCCCGAACGCCCUCCUACUGCGGGUUGGCGCCCUCCCCCAUCGCGCACCGGUCCACCACCAAAUGACCCGGUGCCGCGCAUGCGCGUGGAUGCACCCCGUUUUGGUGGCGAAGAUCCUACGGGCUGGAUUUUCCGCGUACAAAAAUACUUCGACUACUUCCUUACCCCAGACGCCGAACGUAUGCAACUGGUUCCCAUGCUGAUUGAUCACCCUGCCUCGGAGUGGCUGCGUUACUACCAGGCCAAUAACUGUGGCGCAAGUUGGGAGGAUUUUUUGGUGGUGGUCCAGCAGCGUUUUGACCCUGAUUAUUACGAGAACUACGUGGGAUUAUUAUCUAAAUUGCAGCAAACUACGACCGUCAUGGACUACCAGUCCGCCUUUGAAGCUCUCUUGAAUAAGGUCUCGGGGGUCCCAGAACCGACGUUGGUCGCCAUGUAUGUGGCGGGUCUUAAACAGCCCACCCAACGCGAGGUUAACCUUCGCAACCCUAGCUCGUUGCAGGCCACAUUUUCCUUAGCCCGUGAGUUAGCAGCAUGCCACCAGGAGCAAGCCACCACGUCGUACUCGAGUUCGCGUCGCGGGUGGCAACCACGGCGGUCUCUACCUUCGUCGUCCAGUAGCGCGUCUCCCGUGCAACACGCUGUACGACCCAGCCUUCCAUCCACCAAACCUCCUGAGCGUGCCACUCCACCGAACCUCCCCGUCGUCCGCCUUAGUGCAGCAGAAAAAGCGGAGCGUUCUAAAAAAGGCCUCUGUUGGUAUUGCGAUGACAAAUGGAUCCCUGGCCAUAGUUGCAAACACCGAUUUCUUGUCUAUAUGGGCCCUGACGAUGAUGAGGUUGCACCGUCAGGGUUGGUACCCACUUCGGGGGAUCCUUCAGACGAAUCUCUUAUCACGGCCGAUGUCUCCAGCAUAUUAUCUCUAGCCGGCAACCCGAGCCCUCGCUCCCUAAAACUGGCCGGCCUCGUCAGUGGCAACGCCGUGCAGGUUCUCUUGGAUAGUGGCAGCACUCAUAACUUCAUCCAUCCCGACGUUGCUCAGCGUUUGGCCUUGGUGCCUCACCCGGCAGCCCCUUUUCGCGUAUAUGUCGGCAACGGCGAUUCCUUGCGGUGUUCGUAUUCUUGCCCAGGUUUUGAUAAUGCCAAACCGCCGUGAACGAGACAAGUUAUUGAAUAUACAAG